AUGGGGAACGUGCCCUGCGCGGUGAAGCAGUGCCUCAGCUACCAGCAGCUGCUGCGCGAGCAUCUCUGGAUCGGGGAUUCAGUGGCAGGGGCGCUCGAGCCCGCCCAGGAAUCAGCCCAGUUAUCUGGAGUCCCUGAAUAUGUUAAAAUAGUAGAAGUUGGACCUAGGGAUGGAUUGCAGAAUGAAAAGGUUAUAGUUCCUACAGAUAUAAAAAUUGAAUUUAUCAAUCAGCUUUCCCAAACUGGCUUGUCUGUAAUAGAAGUAACAAGCUUCGUGUCUUCCAGGUGGAUACCACAGAUGGCAGAUCACACUGAAGUGAUGAAGGGCAUUCAUCAAUAUCCAGGAAUUCGAUAUCCUGUCCUUACUCCUAAUCUUCAGGGUUUUCACCGUGCUGUUGCUGCAGGAGCAACCGAGGUAUCUGUUUUUGGUGCUGCCUCUGAAUCCUUUAGCAAGAAGAACAUUAACUGUUCUAUUGAAGAAAGUAUGAAGAAGUUCGAGGAGGUUGUUAAGUCUGCAAGACACAUGAAUAUUCCAGCACGAGGGUAUGUAUCCUGUGCCCUGGGCUGUCCAUAUGAAGGAAACAUCACACUUCAGAAAGUGACAGAAGUGUCUAAGAGACUGUAUGGCAUGGGCUGUUACGAGAUAUCCCUGGGAGAUACAAUUGGAGUGGGAACUCCAGGAAGCAUGAAGAAGAUGUUGGAAAGUGUCAUGAAAGAAAUCCCACCCAGAGCUCUUGCUGUUCACUGUCAUGACACCUACGGACAAGCCUUAGCAAAUAUCCUCACGGCCCUUCAGAUGGGCAUUAAUGUAGUGGAUUCUGCAGUAUCCGGACUAGGUGGUUGCCCUUAUGCAAAAGGUGCUUCUGGGAACGUAGCCACGGAGGAUCUGAUCUACAUGCUUAAUGGCCUGGGAGUCAAUACGGGUGUGAAUCUUUACAAAGUGAUGGAAGCUGGUGACUUCAUCUGCAAAGCUGUGAAUAAAACUACAAACUCUAAAGUAGCACAAGCCUCAUUCAGUGCUUGACUUGAAUAACUUUGUGACUUAAGUUUGAGAGGCUCCAUUUCAGCUACAGAUAUGCGUCUGAAAAUCAUUACUGUCAGCUCGUUCUGAAAUGUAGAGUAAUAGACAAAAGUGGGGAAAAAAAAAGAGAGAGAGACUUUGAAAAAGGGCAUCACUGGAUGGAUUAUGAAGUGGACGGGAAGAUAUGCCAGUCAUCAGGUAAAUUGCAAACCAAGGCUAAAUAAUAAAAUUUGCAGACGUCCUUUGAACUUGUAGAAAAGUCUACUCUUCUGCUCUUACAGAAAUAACUUUUUAAUUUAGUCGACGUGAAAAUUGACUUCAGAUUUCCCUAAGUAUCAAAUACUGUGUUAAUACUUAAUCAAGCUGGCUUAGCACAGCGUACAUUUCGUCAGUAGUUUAUGAGUCCCCGUGUGCUGUGUGCAGUGUGUGGUCUCCGUAUUAUACGUUAUAUGCCUCUGGAUCUCAACUUUGCAUUUGCCAAGUCAGUUAAAUUAUGGACCAAGCGCCAAAUCUCCAUCUGACCCCACAUAAUUUUUAGCAAUAGAACUUUUAUAUUUCAAGUAUGCUAACAUCUGUUAACUAUUUCAGUGACUUUAUCUUGUUCCAAGAGGCUGUGGUCAAUGGCCAGAUGCCACAUCCUGGAAACAUAUUACCUCUUGUGUUUGUCACAUGCAUCCAGUUUGCCAUGCUCUCCCUUUCAUCAGUUGUAGUAAAAACCAGCGGAGUGUUGCUCAGCUAUUGAGAAACAAAAGGUACAACUUUCACCCCAAUGUCUAAGUUGCAGUGAUGAGAAUACAGAGAUACGUGUACCAUAAUCCACUUUUAUCAUUUUCAGCUCACUUCCAAGUUGUCCAAGGAAUGUCACCAUGAUGCGAAGAAUAUUAAUGCAGUUAUUAAUUUGUGAAAACAGACCUUUUCCAUUGAUUCAGGGUAGUUUGAUUAAAUCACAUCUGUUUGGGAGGAUUGACAUUUUAUGGUUAUUUUUAAUGUUGAAGUGGCUGAAAUUUUAUCUUUUGUAAUAACAUUGCCAGGAAUAGCAAAUAUAUAUCCAAGUUGAGAAGAGGCACAGGAGGGCUG